AACCCAAACGGCUAUAAUUAAGCGGUUCCCGGAACCCCUCCCCGUCUCGCAUCGCAAACACUUUGCCCCCUCGCGUCCGUCGACUACUCGCGCCCCCGACCUUUUGCGCUUCCGCCCCCGGCGCCCUCACGAAAUCCCCGAACGCGCGGCGCCAGGAGGAGAGGAGGAGUCGAGACCCGGACCGAGACGCGCAGCACGCGGAACCCUCGAGGGCCAGGACGCGAAAAGGGUGGACACGCACAGCCACGCGUCUGCGGCGGCAGGCCGGCGGCGAGGCGAGGGCUCUGCUCCCGGCGGCGUCCGGGGCGAGGGCGGAGGAGCCGAUCGCGCGCGCCAUUGGGGGCGGCCACGCGGUGCCGUGUUGACCCCCGCUCCGCGACCGGCGCGCGCGGUUCGUGCGGCGCGUGGCCCCUCCCCGGGGAGAGGCUGCUGAUUUCCCCUUCUCGCCGUCCUCGGCGCGAUGGAGGCCGGCUACUGCAACCGCAAGAAGACGGACAUCUGCGAGGGCGUCUGCGACACCGAGUAUGGUUCAAAGUCAGUUCUGAGCAUGUCAAGGCUGAAGUGUGCACUGCGGGGAUUUGAUUUGAGGGCUCUCUUGAUCCUACUGAUUGGUAUUCCUAUUAUGAUCUUCGUCAUAUACGUACAUGGACAGAAGGUCACUUACUUCCUCCGCCCGAUCUGGGAAAAGCCUCCAAAGCCCUUCACAAUACAUCCUCACUACUAUCAUGAGAAUGUCUCUAUGGAUAACCUCUGCAAGUUGCAUGGAUGGAAAGUCAGGGAGUCUCCUCGCCGUGUCUUUGAUGCUGUGCUCUUCAGCAACGAGCUUGACAUUCUUGACAUCCGUUGGCACGAGCUGAGUCCGUAUGUAGAUGAAUUUGUGCUGCUUGAGUCCAAUUCAACCUUCACUGGCAUAAAGAAGGAACUUCACUUCAAGGAAAACCGCCAGCGGUUUGAGUUUGCUGAGUCACGGUUGACCUACGGUAUGAUAGGAGGAAGGUUUGUGAAGGGAGAAAACCCAUUUGUUGAAGAGUCAUAUCAAAGGGUUGCUCUCGACCAGCUUAUUAAGAUUGCGGGCAUCACAGAUGAUGACCUGUUGAUCAUGUCUGAUGUUGAUGAGAUCCCAAGUGGGCAUACGAUCAACCUCUUGCGAUGGUGUGAUGACAUUCCUGAGAUUCUUCAUCUCCAGCUCAGGAACUACCUCUACUCAUUCCAGUUCUUACUUGAUGACAAGAGCUGGAGGGCUUCAGUACACCGAUACAGAGCUGGAAAGACCAGGUAUGCGCAUUUCCGGCAAACAGAUGAUCUUCUGGCUGAUUCAGGGUGGCACUGCAGCUUUUGCUUUCGCUACAUAAAUGAUUUCAUCUUCAAGAUGAAAGCCUACAGCCAUGUGGAUCGGAUCAGAUUCAAGUACUUCCUGAACCCAAAGAGGAUUCAGCAUGUGAUUUGCGAAGGGUCUGAUCUUUUCGACAUGCUUCCUGAAGAAUACACUUUCCAAGAGAUCAUUGCCAAGCUGGGACCUAUUCCAAGUACAUACUCUGCUGUUCAUCUCCCGGCCUAUUUGCUGGAGCAAACUGAUCGGUGCAGAUAUCUUCUUCCAGGCAACUGCAUGAGAGAGAGUGGCUAGGCAGCUACUACGGUCUGCAUCAUGACCUGAGGAGCAUGGACAUCCCUGGCCGAUGUCCCCCUGGAGGAACACCCUGCCCUUGCGGGGUUGUAUCUGAUACGAUUGGCUGACUUAGUUGAGUGAUCACUUGGCUGCUGGUUGAGUUCAUAUGAGAUUCUGUACCGUGUAAUUCAAACCUUGGAAGGCCAUGACAGCAGCAUUGCUGCGUUCUUGUUUUGCGGAGGAGCUCAGCAGUGUGUGUGCUUAUUUAUAACUACCUGAGUUUUAUUCAUUGCUUCCAUGAUUGAUAUAUGAACUCAAGCUAUUGUAGAUUUCAUACCGAGCGAUAUUUGAGUUUCUUCUUCUUUUUUUCUCUCUUUCACUUCGUGCUGUACAGUAUUUUUUACUUACCAGAUUACUGACAAUGGGAGUUCUUGCCUUUCCUC